GAAAUUCGAGAUGGAAAGUGCACCGGAGGAGGUGAUGCAGCUGCGCUCUUCUGGCAGAGCAGAAGGAGGAGCACUUAUAAAAGAGAAGCAAAGUUUUAAACACAUUAAACUUGAUCACAGCGAUCACCAUGCAUCUGCCAGCACUUCUCAUCACUCUCCUGGCCAUUGGUCUGAGUCAUGCUCAAGAGGACUUGGCAUUGGCCGAGUCGCGACAGCACGGUUUCUUCAAGGGCUUUGGCUACGGCGAAUUUGGCUUCCGAAACGGCCAAGCUCAGGGUGAAGAUAAAAAAGAAGAGCAACCAAAAUAUCAAGUCAACUUCCCUAGCAAAAAGGAGUCUGACGAUGAAGAACAAGUGAGAGAGAAUUCCAAGAAAUCUUCGGCCGAAGUUGACGAUGAGCAGAAUAAAAAUGAAAAAGCCAUCUUUGAGGCUUUCAGGGACUUCUAUUUCAAAUCCCAGCAGGAGCAGAAGAAAAAGGAAAAACAGGAGGAGAAGCCCAAGGAAAUGCUGAGUGUGAAGGUGCAGCCUGUUAAAGCUGAAGCCGCUCAGCAGAAAAAGGACGAGUCCAAGGAAGAGUACAAGGGAUACAGUUUCGCUUACUCGACUAGCUCAAACAACAGAUACUACCCUAGCUACAAAACCGAAGAAAAACAAGUGGUGCAGGAACGCAGCUCUGACGACGACGGAUACUAUUAUUAUAUCAAAAAUUACUAAUCAUUUUAAAUAAAGGUUUUUUUUAAGAAAAA